AGAAGAUAGCUAAACAGAAAAUCAAUCUGAAGAAAACAAUAAUUUCUCAAAUCCUCCUUUUUGUGGGCAAAUUUUCAAUAAAAAUAUACCAAAAGAAAGAGAAAUACAUAAGGCACAAUUACCUAUUUAAGUGCAGAAUACAAAACUCGGAAGUAAAAUGCAAACUAAAAUUCGAGAGAAGAUUGUUCUAAGUGAUCAAACAUUAAGAAUUCUAAGUCUUUAUUGUAAUUUUAACCCUUUUAAUCUGAAUGUAAUUCGUAAUUUCAAUUUUUUCCAAUACAUCUUUGCUCUAUUAUUAUUAGUGGAAUUUAUUGUAGUCAAUUGCUAUGUGUUCAUUGGUUUGUACUAUGUGAUAAACGAUUUUUUUGCAGCUGUGCAAUUAUGUAUAAAAGUACUGUGUUCCAUUCAAAUAUUUGUCAACACUUAUAGACUUUCCACAAAAUAUGAUGAAUUAAGAAAAUUAUUCGAUGCAACGAGUGGCGAUUUCUUGUCUUCUAGUCAUAAAGGAAAAUAUAUAUUUGAACGCUACAAAUCUAUUUGUACUAAAAUAACAAACACAUACAUUUUUAUAAAUCUUUUGGGGGGAUUAGUUUGGAUCCUUAAUCCAUUAUUUCUAAAAAAAUAUCCUUUAAAAAAAAGAGAUGGCAGCCUUGAAAUUUACCGAAACAAUGUUGUAAAUUCAGUUUUAAGUUUUAUACCUAUUUCGAUUUAUGAUAAAAUUUACCCAAUUGUAUUUGUAUAUGAAGCUAUUGAAAUAAUACAUGUCAUUUUUGAUUUAAUUAUCUACAAUACAAUAGUUAUGAAAUUUUGUUGGAUGUUAUCUGCUCAAUUGAAUAUCAUUGCCUUUAGAUGCAAAUCGUUUGAAUGCAAGAACAAUGAAUUUGGACAGGGAAACGAUAUUAAUAACAGGAUUAAUUUGAAACAAUUACUUUCGGACCAUACAAAGUUAAAUGUUUCAAUUAAGAAAUUUUAUGAAAUAAUGAAACCGAUGACAAUGUAUAGCUUUGGAUAUAGUUUCAAUGUGUUUAUUGGUCUAACAUAUAUGUUUAUUCUGAAUUACUUUAAAAGUGAUCAUGUUUUGUCAGUUAUGUCAGUGAAAUUAUUUUUUGCAGCAUUAAUUGACUGUAACUCUUUAUUCAUUAUGUGCUAUUUUUAUAGUUAUCUAGAAAGUCAAGUAAGAGAGUAUAAUCAAAUAAAUGUAGUACAGUUUGCUAUGUAUAGUGUUGAUUGGACCGCGAAAAGUAUAAAAUUUAAAAAAAUGCUUUUAUUGGCUAUGAACUUAAAUACUACAAACAAAUUAAAAAUGGAAAUCACUCCACAAAAAACGAUAAAUCUAGAAGUAUUUGCCUCGGCUAUGCGUGUGUCAUAUUCAAUAGUUUCACUCUUGGCAAAAAAAACAAAUAUGAAAUGAGUUAAUUGAAGAAAAAAAUGUAAUUAGAAGCUUUUUGUAUUUUUUAUUAUUUAUUAAGUUUAUUUUAUAUUGAAAUUUUCAUUAAAUUAA